CCGUUUUUAAGCGUUAAGAUGUUUACUAAAGCAUAGAACAGGGGCCGAGAUAUGCCGGUAAUAUUAGAUCCUAUUGCGUCUCUGUUGGACUUUCUCUGUUACAGCAUCGCAUUGCGCUAGCAUUUGUUAACUCAUUCGGCUUUUGAGCACAAACUCGUCGACAGUCGCCAUGACAUCAUUCCAAAUUCGAAUUUGACAUUAGAAUUUGCGAAUAUCGCGGUCUUUUCGCGGUGCGAUAAGCGGCUGGAGGUCGCUCUAAAUUCAAAAGUGUUUUCUUUUUUUUUUAAUUGCCAAGUUUAGUGACUAUUGUUUUUUUUAUUGAGUUCACGGUCAGUGCACUUUUAGCCGGAUUGCAGUGUGUGCAGUGCAUUAGGAAUGUAGAUUGAACUUGAUGAUUUUAACAUAAUGGAAUUAACGGACUAAAGUAUAAAAAGUAACAUUUAGAAUUUUCAGUUCAUUUGUACAUGUUUUAAGCUAGACAUACAAAAUGGAAAAAGAUUAUUUCCAGCUAUUGAGAUAGAAAAAAAGUCAAUAUGUUUGGUUUUAAACGUUCAUCUGUGCAGUUGUUAGUGAUUUUGUCUUGGUGUUUGCAAGAGUGGACGUUUAAUAAUGUUGUGUUAUGGUACACAUUUGCGUGCGGGGUAUGGUUAUCAGGAUUGUUGUGCCUGUUGACAUAUGACCAUGACUAUUGGUCCGACAGGGGGGUGUUUUCACCCCCUGCUUGGCCUCUCGUUGGUCAUAUAUUAUCUGUGGUCCUCUUUAGGGAGCAAGGAGGAAUUUGCUUCCUAAAGAUCUAUAAUAAAUACAGACAUCUCAGGUUUUUGGGAACCCACCAGUUUUUCCAACGAACCCUGGUCAUCCUGGACCCAGCACUCAUCAAACGGGUCUGCGUCACCGACUUCUCACACUUCGUAGAUCGAGGCUUCUUCUUCAAUGAGGAAGUGGAUCCCCUGGCCGGGUCUGUGCUGUUUCUGAGGGGUCACGAAUGGCGCAGACUGAGAGCCAAGAUAUCGCCCAUAUUCUCGCCUAAUAAACUAAAAGGAAUGUUCCCGAUCAUAGAGAACACUGCUCAAGAGUUUGUCAAGCGCGUCACAACACUGAAUUCCAACUCCGUAGUGGACUCAGAGCGUCUCCUUGGCGGCUAUACGGCGGACGCCAUAGUGCCCUGUGCGUUUGGCGUCAAGUGUAACGUCAUGGACAAUGAAAAGGACCCGUUCGCUGUGGCGCUACAUGCGUUCUAUGAGAUGACGCCGUUUAAUCUGUUUGAGAAGACCAUGCGGCAGUUCUGGCCCGCAUUCUGCAUGUUCUUCAGACUGAAGAUUAUCCCGCAGAAAACGCAUGAUUUUUUCUACAACAUCGUUACCAGCGUGUUGAGGGACCGAGAAAAUGGCGUGCCAGAUAAGCGGGGAGACUUCAUAGACAUGAUGAUGGCUCUUCGUAACGACGACAAAAACAACAACCGGGCCGAUAAGGAUGAAGAUCACGUGGAAAUCACGGACAUGGUCAUAUCAGCGAACGCCUUCAUAAUAUUCCUGGGAGGUUUCGAGACCACGUCUGCGACCCUCGCCUUUCUGCUCCUAGAGCUAGCUGCCCAUCCAGAUAUCCAGGACAAGCUGAGACAAGAGAUACUGGAUGUGGUAGGAGAGAAGGAGAUGACGUAUGACAUGCUUCAGGAGUUGACGUAUAUGGACAUGGUUAUUCAAGAAACGCUGAGACUGUACCCGCCCUUCCCCAACAUUCAACGGAUGUGUACCAGAGACUACGUCAUUCCAGAAACCGGACAUAUCAUUGAGAAGGGCACAGUGGUACUCUUCCCAACUCUCGCCAUACAGAGAGAUGAACAGUUCUUUGACUCUGCUGGGUCAUUCAUUCCAGAGCGGUGGAGCGGUCCAGCGCCGCCGCCUGGCGUCUACAUGCCUUUUGGCGACGGACCUCGUGUCUGCAUUGGAAAAAGAUUCGCGAUGAUCCAGAUGAAGUGCUGCAUCGCGCGUCUGCUGCGUGUCGUUCGCGUAUCGCCCGCGCCUGGUAUGUCGCCGCGUACGCAGCCCUUCCAUCCCGACCCGCGCUCGCCGCUCGCGCUUCACCCGGGCGACUCCAAGGUUACAAUCAGCCUUGUGACGUCAUGAUACCGCGUCUGUGCUUGAGUCGCCGCGUUUAGUACUCUACCUUUCCGACACGCCCUUCGUUCGCGCUACACCCGGGCGACUACAAGGUUACAAUCAGCCUUGUGACGUCAUGAUAGCGCAUCUGUCAUUGUGUCGCCCGCGUUUAGUAAGCCACCUUUCCGACACGCCUUUCGUUCGCGCUACACCCGGGUGGCUCCAAGGUUACAAUCAGCCUUGUGACGUCAUGAUAGCGCGCCUGUCUUUGUGUUGCCCUCGUUUAGUAGGCCACCUUUCCGACACGCCUUUCGUUCGCGCUACACCCGGGUGACUCCAAGGUUACAAUCAGCCUUGUGACGUCAUGAUAGCUCGUCUGUCCUUGUGCAGUCGCCCGCGUUUAGUUACGUUUAGUAAGCCACCUUUCCGACACGCCAUUCGUUCGCUCUACACCCGGGCGACUCGAAAGUUACAAUCAGUCUUGUGACGUCAUCAUUGUGUCCCUGUUGCGUGACUUGCAUGUCGCCCACAUGUCGCUCUUGCCGCGCGCUUUUCCCGCCUCGACUUGUGCUAUCAUCAGUUAAGACUGUCGUCAUCAUAUGCCGUUGUCUCGUGUCGCUGGUAUGUCGCCGAUGAGUCCUCAUUGCCCCAUAUUAUGCACGCUACUUUUCCAUUGACUACUUCUAACGAUUUAGCGAUUGUGACUUUGUGACAUAACGACAUUGUACUUGUGUCGAUUCUUGUCACCCCGACAGUCAAGGUGGUUCAAUUAUUAUUAUUAAAGAAUCUGAGUUUAUUAUAGCUCGUACCCAAAUAAAUAAUUGAUUA